CCAGACUCCCCACCUCGGCCCUCGUAUAAUCAUGGCUUCGUCAGUCAAGGCCGUCCAAACUUUCGGCAAAAAGAAGACUGCUACUGCAGUUGCCCACGCAAAGGAGGGUCGUGGAAUCAUCCGCAUCAACGGCUCCCCUAUCCACCUCCUCCAACCCGAAAUCUUGCGACUUAAGGUUUACGAGCCAGUGCUGGUUGCCGGCGAGGAGUCGUUUGGAAUUCUCGAUAUCCGUGUGCGGGUGAAGGGAGGAGGACACACUUCGCAAGUCUACGCCAUCCGACAGGCUAUCGCCAAGGCAUUGGUUGCCUACUACGCCAAAUAUGUCGAUGCCUUCAGUGCAAUCGAAUUGAAGAAAAAGCUCGUCAGCUACGACCGAACACUCCUCAUUGCUGAUCCCAGACGGAUGGAACCCAAGAAGUUCGGUGGUCCAGGUGCUCGUGCUCGCAGGCAGAAGAGUUACCGUUAAGCGUACAUGUAUUCGCUAUGGCUCUUUAUGUCUUUUUGUCUCCAUUACCAUCCACACAUGCAAGCAAUAUGAGCAAUAUGAAAACCCGCUUCCCGUUCCGAA